GUUUUGAUUUUAGUAUCUGAAAUAUUUAUGUUUGAUUAUCUUCCUGAGUUGAGAAAAGUUAUUACCUAAAUAAUAAUAAUUUAAGAAGCCAUGCUGACGAAAAAGAAAAAAGAUAUUCUAGGGUUUAAUCGAUUUUCAUUCUGAAAUUCGAUUAAAGCGACGUAGGCGUAGUAUUAAGUUACUUCUACCUAAAAGAGUUAUAUGUAUGAUUCACAACGGUACCCAUAAAAACUUUGGGUAAUUAAGAAUGAAUGAGAUAUCCAUGAUGUCUCCUUAAACAAGUUUAUCCAGUUUGUUUCUUUUAUAAUAUCGAGUUGCGGAUUUCUGGCCACUUAAACAAUGGAGGAAAUUAUUAAAAUUUAACAUUAUACAAUCCAUUUAAACGACGAGAUCCCGGCCACCAUGAACCUCUGAUUUAUUAUCCGAGCUCCUGGUCGCUCCUGCCGGUCCACUAAAUCGUAUUUGAAACCUUUCUUACGUAGGAAGGAAAAUGUUUUGAAAAUUAAGUUCUGACGUGAAUUCAGUUUGUUCCGUUGUAAUCUUGGCUUUAAGCGAUACUUUUUUGUAAAUUCUUUUAAUUCAGAAAAUUCUUGAAGUUUAGAAUUCAUGAAUAUAAUCAUAUAUAAUUAUAAUAAUACAUGUGACAUUAAAAAGGCGCGUGAAAUUAAGACUGAAUAUUAUCUGAACAUGAUACCCUGAAGUGUCUUUCUACAUUAAGUCGACUUGUAUAAAGAGGACGUAUAAAAAUUUCAUGUAUAUUUGAUGUUAUAAAACAAAUAGUUUUACUAGUAGCUUGAAAAUCAACCUAUGAAUUGGGAUGGGCCUGGGUGCACUGCAUUUGCCCUGUCUCUUGUCCAUUGGACCAUUUCAAAUCAUAACCUUUAUAAAAUAGAGAAUAUAAACUGGUUUUCUUUCUAUUCCGCAGUUAGCCAAGGAAAGAAUAUAAGUUAACAACCCUUUAAUAUUUAUGUCAAAAGUUUCAGAUUAUAGAAAACAACCUACGACCACUUGGGUCCUACAAAGGGUUAGGAUGGAAGACAAGAAGCAACCGGAGUCCGAACUUUCUAGCCAUUGCACAGUUUUUAAACGGAUCGAUAACGUCAGUUAUGUUGGACGGAAGAUACGGAUCAAGAACGGAAAUAUUAUCCAGGUUGACCGAAUUCAAGGACCAGAAAGUGAAGAAAACGUAAAUACAGCUCUUUCCAAGGAUGUCCAGACGAUGUUUACACCAUCUGUAAACGUUACUAGAAGCCAAUCAAAGAUUAUGAUUAGUAAGAUGUCCCAGGCUGAUCCCGGAAAGGUUUCUAAGAUGUCCUCCAAGACUGCUGGUCUAAUGCGGGAUGAAAUGAAGAUUGUAAGUGUUCCCCACUGUAUAGAAGAACUAGUUUACAACAGCUUGGAUGCCGGAGCCAAGGCAAUUGAAGUCAGAGUAGAUCUUAACCAGGACGAGAUCAGGAUACAGGUGAUAGAUGACGGAGACGGGAUUAGCUUUGAGAACUUGGCUGAGGUAGGGGAGAGGAGCUGGACUACUGCUGAUACCAAGAGCAAGUAUGGUUUAGCAGGGGAAUCUCUAGCAUGCAUCAGAGGAGUGACUCGCCAGCUAAGUAUAGUUAGUAGAGCAGAGGGUAGUGCAACCUUCGUUCUUCAGUUUAAUUCAGGAGUAAGAGGAAAAGUUAAACAUGUCCCAACCAACCGUCCUGCUCCGGGUACCACGGUAACCCUAACAGGAGUUUUCUACAGAAAACCGGUAAAGCUUCGCCUGGUUCAGCCGGUUUCAGCCCUGCACAAGAUAAGACAGUUUCUUGUCUGUUUAUCCCUUCAGUUUCCACAAAUAAACUUCAGUUUGAGAAACGAUACAGCUGGAACCCGUGAUUUUAUCCUUAAAACUGAAAAACAAAAAACUUCGUUCGAUCGGUUCAGAUCCUUGUUCGGAUGGAGAACUGAUGUUCUGAUGGAGAAAGUUGAAACCUUAAACUAUAGCUCUAAGUACGUUGAUAUAACAGGGUUCAUUUCAACCAUCACUAGCUUAGGGUCGGAUAUUCAGCUCUUGACUGUCAAUCACAAGGUUGCCAAUGACCCAUCCCUGAAUGAUGUUCUCAAGACCAAACUGAAGUCUAUAGAUGAUAAGUUUAGAGAGAAGGACUUGAAGCAUCUGAUCUACUUCAUCUCUAUUAAUCUGAAGAAGGAAGGAACUUACUGGUUUCAGUAUAAUGGAAACCUUCCCAGGGUUUAUUUCAAAUCCAAGACCUCAGUUCUCAGGCACCUGGAGAAGGCAGUACAAGAUGUGCUGGAGAAGGCAGGACUCCUAAAGUUAGGAUGUGCUGAACCUAGUUUCUCCAAUCUUCUGAUGACAGGAGUAAAACUUCUACCCCGGGUACCUUCACUAGACGAAGUAUCGGAGACAGGUUCACUUGGAUCUAGCCUGAGAGUAAUGAGAUCAGGCGUCAUUCUACCCAAACCAAAGGAGUUUAACUAUUCUCCGGAUGUACAUGGAGCUAGGACCAGUUUGCCAUGUUAUAAACCACGCCAGAGCUCGGGUUCCUCUGCUACCUCCGUUAUUAUUAGGAAACAAGGUGCUGACAAGACCUGUCAGAGGAUUGCAAUUCCUGUUUUUAAUCGAGUCAGGAGUAAGGAGAUUUCUCUUGAACCAGUUCCAACCAGAGCAACCAAGGAGUUUCUGAACCAAGCCAUUAUUGCUACUCCGACCUCAACAGAAGACGACCUUGUCGACUCGUCGAUCAGUAGCUCUGUUAAGCGGAAACUGUUUGAAGAAAAUUGCUCCGGCAGUAGGAAGAAGAUUGAGAUGGACCCGGAGACGGUUCAACCUGAAUCCAUGUUGAGUGUGAGGAUAAGUAAAUCUAUCCAUCUAUGGGAAGCAUGCAAGAGGGCUUCCAGGUUGAAUUUUGACGGGUUUGAUCUUGAAGAGUUCCUGGAGGGUGAAAAUUAUAUCGAUAGUUCUCAGGUUGAAAAGAGUACUGAUCCUAUAGUCGAGAAGCCUGGAGUUGAUGAGACGGUUGAUCUGAAUUGGUUUCGUACUGAAGGAUGGAACCUUGGCCAUGAAACCCAAAAUAAUUGGGUCUCAACUAAGCCAAAGGGAGACGACAUUGUUGACCAAGGAACCCUGAUGAAGACGACCUCUAGAAUGUUUGUCUUUGACCAAGAAGCACCCAAGAACAACUUGAGUCGCCAGAAAAUGAACCUGAGCAAGAACGGAUUUAUUUCUAACCAAGAACCUAGACUGCGCCCUAGCUCACAAGUCCAGCACUCUUUUACCUACCUGAGUCCUACAACAAUGAUGCGUCCCAAUUCCACCCUGAGAACCACUCUUAGCCGUCCCAAGGUUCCGGGUUCAGUCGAAUCCUGCCACCGUGCUCCAAUCCCAUCAGCUGGUCGACCAGUGCUCUCGGCUCCAGCUCCAUAUAUCCCCACCAAUAAACCAGCAUUGAAACAUUUUAAAGAGACCAUCCCUUCUACUCCGUAUCUUCAAUAUUUUGAUCAGAUUAAGCCGUGUUCACGUGUUUACUCGAAUCAAAAUUCUGCAAAAAUAUCCAACAACCAAGAAUAUGGUAGGAUCGUACAACCACAAGAAUUAUCUCCUGUUACCCUUUCCGGCACGUAUAUAGAAACUAGAAACCAACCCUUAGUCUCAGGGUACCCAAAUGACCCCCUGGAGCAGGGUUUAAGUCCUACACAGUACCCGGAGAUUAUAAAUGUCCCUCAGCAUGAUGAAACAGGCGGAUCUGGAGCUAAACCUUCAAAUAGCUACACUUCUAUUUGCAAUGAGCCCGGGUUUCUAAGAAUUGCUCCUGCAAAAUCAGAUUGUACAAAUAAAAACCCCAUCCUGAAACAAUACAAGACCCUGAUUAAAUCUUUAAACACUGGUUCACAGAAGGAAACCCUCAAACAUUCCAGGGAUAAUGCGAGAUCUAUGAUUGAUAAUUUUUUGUUGAAUUCCUCCAGAUCCUACGGAUACUUAUCCGCUCUAGGAAACCUGGAUUCAGAAAAUCAACCCGUGGAAACAUUCGUCAUAGAAUUGGAACCACGAUGUUUUGAGAGCAGCGAUGAAUUCAUUUUCCCGAUCGUGUCAGGAAAAGAUGGUUAUCCGGAGAUUCAUCAUCCUCUCCCAGAACCAGGCAGGUCGGAAGUAAAAGUUGAGGGUUCUGAAUCUGGAGUAGAACCUGUCUCUAGCCUACUCAACUUGCCAUGCUUUCAAGGGUAUACGGAGAACAGUAGCCAAGCAGCGGAAAGAGAUGAAAACCAUAUUAUGAGGACGGAGAAUUAUCAUAACUCAUCUUUAAAUAAAACUGGGCGGUCCCGCUACUUUUCUCCUCAGCCCGGUCAACCUAGUUCAGCAACAACCAGAAGCCGGGUUGGACAGCAAGGACAAGACUCGGUUACUAAAACAGACACUCGGUGCAGGUUUGAGAUUUUAUCUCCCUGUGUCUCGGAAACUCUAUUUGAUCAAGAUUAUACAAAUGCUGAAGAAAUUGACAAACCCCUUGCUAAAACUAGAAGUGUGAUUCUACCCUACAAAAUUGAAAAAACACAUAGGAUCAAGAAACCUCUCUUUAUUAAACCCACGGAGAAAUUCCCUCCGCAACCCAGAACUCAAAAUAUAAAUAUUAUCCCGUUCUUAAACUUCUCCACCGACAAGAACUGCUUGAGUCUGUGUAACCCCAAGGACCAGGAGCUUGAACAGGUUCCAAUCAGGUUGGAGAAAAGUUUGCUUCUCAAGAACGAGUUCAUCGGUCAGAUUGAGAAUAAAUUCCUGGUUUCCGUAGCUCAGGGUAUCAUUCUCCUCUGGGACCAACACGCUCUACAUGAACGGAUUCGUCUGGAACAGUUACAAAUCAAGUUUCUAUCUGCUCCCGGAGAAACAUGUUCUGUUAAAUCAUGCCCAACCCCGGAGAAACUGUCCCUGAACCUGUCUAGGAUUCAACUAGAAAUUCUAAAGGGAUCUGAGUCUAAAUUAAAACAAUAUGGUCUGGUACUCGCAGGAGAUGACGUGGUUCAACUUCCUCUCUGCUUUCAAGAUCUUGCUCCUACCCGGAGAAUAGAUCUUACUCGCAAACUAGUUACCGAGAUUAUCCAUCUACUAGAGCAGGGUGGAGCUCUCCCUCGUGUUCCUGCAACCAUCCACCACCUUCUCUGCAGCCUGGCCUGCAGGGGUGCGAUCAUGUUCGGUCAGGAGAUCCCUAGAGCCGUCGCCAUCAACCUCCUCUCCCUUAUCAGGCAGUGCUCAGCACCCUUCCAGUGUGCCCAUGGAAGACCAUCGCUAGCUCCAGUUUUAGACAUUAAUUGCAUUUAAAUUCAAAUUGGUUUCAAGGAAAUUUUUUUUUACUCAAAAUUCUUAUUUGUUCCGUAAUUUACCAAUCUUAAUAUUUACUCGUAAUAGAAUAUUAAUUUCAAAAGACAAAGAUUUUUUGUUAACACCCUUGACCCUUAUUUAAAAUUUCAAAAAUUGUGUUCUUUUUUGUAAAUUAAAAUGUCUGUCAUUGCACACAUAUUUAAACAUUAGAUAAAAAGCCUUAUAUAGAUGACCAUUUCAGAAUUCUUUUACUACAAAAGGUAUUACAUCUGCAAAUAAACUUCGUGU